GCAAACAAUUACGUCACAAAAAGAACUUUAUCCUACAUCUCUGGCACUGGAUGUAUCAAUACGCUAUUUAAACGCUGUCUAAGUCAAUGGAUGUUCGCUAUGUUUGGGAUUCUUUCGCAAAGAAUUGUCUUUGGACCCACAAGCUGCAAAAGAGUAUCAGCAACAUGAGUUCUAUAAGCAAGAUAAAAUCAGCCUUGGCCCUAACCAUAUGCGCUGUAGUGAUGUCUCUGCCGGAAGUACACAGCGCUGCGCAGCCAAUUGAAUUCAUCAACUGUAAUGCCCCAGUUAUUGGCAAAGAUUUAAGCUACGCCACAGAAAAUGGGCAUAUUUCAGCACUCACAGAGAUAAACGGGACUAUGUUUCUGUUUACGGACAACGAUUCAUCACCCAAGUGGCUUUUCUACAUGGGAGAUUUCGACAUCAAGUCACAUACACGUAACUUAGGAAACCUGACGGACGUUCGAAGAACUGUACUUGACCUUGCAUAUACAUUAAAUGAAAAGAAAUAUUGUCUGCGACUUUCGCUGUAAACAGAUUACAUUAAGUGUAUUUUUGUACCUUGUAAGAAUUAUAUUUGUACAUUAAAUAAACGCAGAUGUUUUAAUAUACGCUGUAUGAUAUUAAAAAUA